AAAUAUGGUUACUAAGCUAAUGAGAAGAACAGCAGCAGCAUCUCGCAGAAAACUUCACCUUCUGCAGGCAAACCGCAAAUCUGUGAGAUGUUUCAAUAAAAAUGUUGUUCUCCAUUUUCACAAGCUGAAAAUCAAGUUGGAAGAAUUACAAAGAGAGUGCCAAAACCUUAGGGUUAUCAGAAACGAGUACUUCACUCUAUUGAAGCAUACACAAAUCCCAAAGGAUGUGAAAGUGGAGAAGAUUGGAGAAGAGUAUGUGGUUAAAGUGAGUUGCAGCAACAAAGGAGGGGACAAGUUGGUGUGGAUUCUAGAGGCGUUUGAAGAACUGGGUCUUGAAGUUGUUCGAGCUAGUGUCUCUUGCAGUCAUUUGUUUUCGAUGGAAGCCAUUGUUGUAGCUCAAGGAGAAGCAACUGGUAUCAGAGAUAUUACGAUGGCUGUUCUUAAGGCCAUUGAUGAAAAGCAAGGUGGGAAUGGUUGUAACAUAGGAGGAGUUUAUUGA